UGUGCCGUCUUUUUCGGACGUCAAAUCCCAGUCGCGCUACAGAGCUGCGGACCACGGUUACCAGAUCAGCACCCACGAAGUGUCCGGAAUCACAGAGACCAGGGACAGGACAAACGCAUUGGACUUCGCGAGUUCUCAUUCUUUCAUCAGCUGCCGGAUCUCCUCCACUCGAGCAAGUCUCCAGUUCUUCCAGCGCGCGUAACUCUCCACUCCAUGGAAGACCAGAGCCCCAAGCCCAUCCGCUGCGCAGCUGCGGUGUGCAGAGCCGCCGGCGAGCCGCUCAUCGUCGAGGAGAUCGUCGUCGAUCCACCGAAAGCGUACGAGAUCCGCAUCAAGAUCAUCUGCACCUCGCUCUGCCACAGUGACAUCACCUUCUGGCGAGGCAAGGCAGCAACAGCUUUUCCAAGAAUCUUAGGCCACGAAGCCUACGGGGUUGUGGAGAGCGUGGGGGAGCAUGUGGAGGGCUUCGCCGCCGGCGACACGGUGGUGCCGACGUUCAUGGGGCAGUGCGACCGCUGCCCGGGCUGCGCUUCCGAGCACAACAACCUCUGCACCACGGUGCCCUUCGUGUUCGGCCCCGGGAUGCGGUGCGACGGCACCACCCGGUUCCGGGACGCCCAGGGGAACCCCCUCCACGACCUGGUCGCCGUGUCCAGCUUCAGCCAGUACACCGUCGUGGACGUGACCCAGGUCGUCAGGAUCGACCCCGCCGUGCCGCCCAAGCUCGCCUGCCUCCUCAGCUGCGGCGCCAGCACCGGGGUGGGAGCUGCAUGGAGGGUGGCCAAGGUGGAACCAGGCUCAUCAGUGGCCAUCUUUGGGCUGGGGUCCGUUGGGUUAGCGGUGGCGCAAGGUGCGAAAAUGUGCGGAGCAUCCAAGAUUAUCGGCGUUGACAUGAACCCUGACAAAGAGGAAGUCGGGAAAUCGUUCGGCGUGACGCACUUUGUUAAUCCGUCGCAGUUGGGCAGCAGCUCAGUCACUGAGGAGAUAGGUAAGCUGACAGGCGGUGGCGCCGACUACAGCUUCGAGUGCAUCGGCGUGUCGUCGGUGAUGAUCGAUGCCUUCACAAGCACCAAGCCGGGCAAGGGCAAGACGAUCAUCCUGGGCUUGGAGAAGAACAACGAGCCAAUCUCGCUGCCGUGCCUGGACCUCCUGUCCGGCAAGUGCGUCAUGGGCUCCUACUUCGGCGGGCUCAAGCCCAAGACCGACGUCCCGGUCCUCGCCCAGAAAUGCAUCAACAAGGAGUUGGAGCUGGACGGGCUGGUCACGCAUGAAGUCGGCCUGCAGGAGAUCAACAAGGCCUUCGACCUGCUCCUGCAGGGGAAGAGCCUCAGGUGCAUCAUAUGGAUGGGCAAGUGAAGUGACGGCGGCCGCUGAGUUUGCGAUUCUGAAUAAAAACAUUGGUGUGUGUUUCAGUUUGCAUGCCUUACUGAUGUGCUGUUGUCGAGGUCGUGUAUUGUGUCAUUGUCAUUUUGAAGGAAAAUAAAAACGCAGUGGAGCUCAAGAGCUGCAAUUGGGUACUGUAA